UCGACCUCAGAUCAGUAGCGUGUUGACCGUCGAGAUGCCGAGAUUGUUGAGCAAGUGCAGCGUGUUUGCCCUUUGGGCGCCUGCAGUGCUCCUCCUUGUUUUGGUUUGCGAAAAGGGUUUAACCGGAGCUCAGACUUUAAACGAUACUCUAACGAUCACUACCACAGCGCCAUCUGGCGGCUACUGUGCGGCUGCACUUUGUGAGCUGUACAAUGGAACGCAUUUGGUGCACAUGCCGCAUACCGCAUGUGGCAACAACGGCAGCUUCUCACCCGCCUGUGGACCGGAGCCCAAACUCCUCGAAAUGAGCGAGAGGCGACGCCAACUGCUGCUGGACAUGCACAACUUGGCCAGAUCGAAGAUCGCCAGCGGAAAUCUGAAUGGAUAUCGCAGUGCCGCCCAUAUGCCGCUGCUGCGUUGGGAUAACGAACUGGAGCAAAUGGCCGCCUUGCACGCCAAACGCUGCCAAUUCGCGCACGACAAGUGCCGCAACACGCCGCGUUUCAAGUUUAGUGGCCAGAAUAUCGGUUACUUUUGGAUCGGAAGAGAGUUCAAAUCGCAUUCGCGACGAAUGAAAUCCUUUGUGAUCAACUGGUUCCGCGAGUACCAGGAUGCCAAUCAGAGCUUCAUCGAUAGUUAUCAUCCACAUCCGCAAGGCAAGAAGAUCGGUCACUUUACAUUACUUGUGUCGGAUCGAGUAAAUCGCGUGGGCUGCGCCGGUGUCCGCUUCCUGGAGGUCAAUUCCAAUCGAUUCCAGUUCAUGUUGACUUGCAACUAUGACUACAACAACAUUUUCAACGAACCCAUUUAUCAAUCUGGUCCGCCGGGAUCCAAGUGCCCCCAACAUCAAAUCAGCGAAAAGUUCCCCGGCUUGUGCGACUGGCGGGAUGCCAGCCAUGAUUUCGACAGCGAAGAGAGCGCUGAAGAUGGUAAUACCUUGGACAACAAUAUUCCCCUGUAAAUUAGAAAAGAAAAUCCCAAUCAUAUGAAUCUAAUACUCGUGCAGCCCCACCUGGAACAAGUUACAAAAGAAACAUUUUUUUUUUAUAAGUAAGAUAUCAUUUUAAAUGAGUUAUUUUAGAAUCUUUGGAAUACAAUUUGUAAUUACAAUUUUAAAGUUCGGUUUUUAAUAAUAUGUUACUAAACUAACUUUAGAAUUGUUAUGUUGUUGACAGUUUAUUAGAAUUAAAAAAUUAACAUUACGGAUUCUUAUCA